UUUGAGUUUUUAAUCAUUUAGCAAAAUGCAAAUUAACAUGAUGAAAAUUUUAACGGCCAUAAUUUUUUGUCAGAUUCUUGUUUGUGAAUCGGUGAAUAUUAAUCAUAAUAAUAAUGAAAAUAAUGACACCGAUUUAUCAAGAGUUUUACAACAAUGGUAUAAUAAAUUCGAUUUGUCCAAUUUCGGACAGCAAUUUAUCACCUGGAAUGAUCGUUUGCAAAAGUUAUUAUCAACUCAAACAAAUGUAAGCCAUGGUUGUCGACAUGCAUUGAAUGAAUAUUUCCGGAAUCCAUUUCGACAUAAUUGGACUAUAAAAAUGUGGGAUGCGAAUGGUCAUUUUCCAUCCGGUAUUCUUGAAGGUACCUUUUUUGAACCUGGAAAUUUCGAUGAAUGUCUCAAAAUAAAAUCAGCGGAUAAUAAUGAUAUUGAAGGCAAGUACUGUAUAAUGGAGAUUAAAUUACAAGACGUGGCCGAUUCAAAGAAUCCACCUUUACCUACGAAUUUCAAUAAUGAUGAAAUGGAAACUUUGUAUGAAUCGAUUCGAUUCAUAUAUAAUUGGGAAUCUUUUUCUGGCAUCAACAAUGGAUUCUGUUUGCCGUCUAGUUGUAACGAUAUGGAAAUCAACGAUAUUGUUACUGAAAAUCUCGUGUCACCGAUCCAUUCGGUCAACACACGUUUCUCUAUCAUAAGGAAUAUAUUUGCACAUUUCAUCGUUAAUGCUGGUCUAGCUGUCGAAACAUUUUUCUUCAUAAGUGGUGCACUUACCGUGUAUACUGUAUUGAAUACUAAUUUUGAACGGUCAAAUCGAUCGAUUAAUAUUUUUACUUAUAUAUGGCUUCGUUGGAUUCGUUUCACACCAUCAUUACUAGGUGCAACAUGUUUAUUACUAUUAUGGCCACGCAUUGGACAAGGUCCAUUAUUUCAUUCUGAUUAUAUAGGAUUCAUUACUGAACCUUGCUACAAGAAUUGGUAUUUAAGUUUUGGUUAUAUAAGCAAUCUAUUUCCAUCAGAAAAAGUGUGCAAUGUAAUGCAUUGGUAUCUGAGUGCUGAUUUUCAACUACAUAUCCUACUGUACAUUGUUAUCUAUUUUUUCAUGAAAAGGCGAUCAUUGUUGAGCAUCUUAUAUUCGAUUAUAAUGAUUGGCCUUGGAUUUUUCAUACCAAUUAUAAUUGUUUCAUUUGGAUGGGGUUCAGCACCUAAUCCAUCUAUUUUUUUACAUCCAAAUUAUCGGUUUCCGAUGGAACAAGUAGAACUUUUUAUUUUUGCAACAUGGAAUCAUUUGAUACCCUAUUUUGUUGGAGCAUUAUUUGGUAUUUGGUUGACUCAAAGAAAACAUCAAAACGAACAAAUGUCCAAAUGGAAAAAUUACCUAAUAUGGAUUAUACUUGGGCCAUUAUUCCUGCUGCAACCAUUUGGUUCAUAUUCAUUUGUUGAUACGGACAAACCUGUUGAUGAUCCAUUAAUUUCUGCCAUAAUGUUUGGUUUAGUUAGAUCCAUUUGGUCAUUAGGAAUUUUUUGGUUAUGUUGGCAAUGUGUACGACGACAGGGUGGAAUCAUACAACGUUUUCUCGAAGCUGAAAUCAUGCAACCAUUUAGUCGACUUUCAUUUAGCAUUUAUUUGAUUCAUAUUAUACCUAUUUGGCAUUAUAUGUUCACCAUUCGUCAAUCAAUCGAAAUAAGUUUAUUCAAUCUGGUAUUCAUCGGUCUCGGUUCUGCAUCUAUUUCUACAUUAUUGGCAUUUUGUCAUUAUUGUACAUUCGAACGUCCUUAUGUUCGUUUGAUUAAAAUACUAUUUGAUCAAUCUAUUACAUCGAUUAAUUAUAAUAACAAUGUGAAUAAUAAUAAUAUUGAACAAUCAGCAGCCACUUCUAACACUGUCAUCGAUAUUGUCGAGAUGUCAAACAAAGAAGAAUCGAGAAAGCAAUAAAGAUUACAAAGACAUUGUUAUGCAUCAUUAAACAUUCACCUGACUAUCACAUCAAUCAACAAAUCAAACGUGUCAAUUUUUUUUUUGUUUAACAAAAGAAAAAUAAGAAAUCUUUUCAAUGUGAUUUCCAUCUUAGAUCAUCAUAUCAAGAGUAUAAAUGUAAACGAUAGUGAAAAACAGAUUGACAUUGUGAAA